CGCGAUGACAAUGAGCGGCAAUCAGACCCCCGAAGGAAAGGAGCGCCUGGGAAGUGCGGGCAGUGAUAGUGAGGGCGAGGAGGAUGUCUUUCAUGAUGCCCGCUUCCCGGCCGAGGAAGAGGCCGAACUCCUGAAGGCAUCCCACUCCAUCAAGACCGAAGCAAAUCAACUCUUUGCGGCUGCGUCCUAUGACCAGGCUAUCUCCUGCUACGACCGUGCAUUGGCAUCCUGCCCCAGCUAUCUCGACUACGAAGUGGCCGUUCUCCGAAGUAACAUGGCCGCAUGCUAUCUGAAGCUCGAGGAUUGGAAGUCUUCGGUUGACGCUGCGACCGCAUGUAUCGAAUGUCUGGAUAAAGUGGUUCCGCCAUCCAAUUCUGAAGAGACGGAAGACACGAAAAAGAAGAAGCAGGACCCUGAGCCGACCGACGAGGUGGUGGAGAUCUCGGGAGAUGACGAGGAGGAAGAGCUGAAGGAACUGCAGCGCUUGCAAGAUCUGGACAAGAGGAAACAAGAUGUCAUGCGGAUUCGAGCGAAGGCGCUGAUGCGACGCGCCCGGGCAAAGUCCCAACUCGGCGGAUGGGGCAAUCUGCAAGGGGCCGAAGAGGACUACAAGCUGCUCAAUAGUCUGGAUAAUCUCCCGCCAGAGGACAAGCGCGUUGCUCAGCGGGCUCUUCGAGAGCUCCCCGAGAAGAUCAAUAAGGCACGGGAAAACGAAAUGGCGGAUAUGAUGGGUAAACUGAAAGAUCUGGGUAAUGGGAUUCUAAAGCCCUUUGGAUUGUCCACGGAUAACUUCAAAUUCACCCAAGACCCGAAGACCGGUGGAUACAACAUGAAUUUCCAAUCCUGAUCUGUCGAGACUUUUGUUUUCCCAUCUCUUUUCCAGCAUUGGCAUUUCAGCAUUAAACACGGCGCUCGGAGCACGUCCAAUCGAUUAUCAUGAUUAACAAUACAUACUGAGAGCAUUUUGAAUAGUGAAUGAAUCUAGAGUCGACUUAAUAUUAUGCAAAGCCAGCGAGUUGCCUGUCUGCUUGAUUAACCAUUCAUAGUCGCCAUUCAUCGCACCCAAACCUAAUAGACAUUCCCGGUCUAUUGAAGACAGAGUUGAGCAGGCAGAAUGACAUUCGAAUGGCAAUUCACGGAGUCUAUUCACAGGAGACCAUCCAAUGGCGAUUCCCAAGGAACGGUCAAAUCUAUUGUCUGGAUUGUUAUUAAGGACCCUUUGGUAUUCUUAUCUAUCAGUCUCGUCAUGACAGCGCCAUUCUCGCCCCCUGCUGAAC